CAGGUCAAGCAUCGACCCUGCCAGUCUCCGGCCAAUGUUCGUGUGACUUGCGAGUACAAACGGCGGACUGCGUUUCCUAUCGUCACUUCCUUGUUAAACAGUGGCAACACGCGAUAAAACCAAUAUAGUCGCGAGCAAAGUUAUCGGCGACACGCCUCGUGGCUUUAAUGUGACGCGUCGACGGCUCGGUGGCCGCUAUUUCUUUAUUCACAGAUACGCUACUUCGAAUAUGUAAAAACGUUGGCUGUUAACUUAGGCUGGCAGGAAGUAGAAGCUUCAGUGUACCGAUGCUUGCGUACGGUAACGCUUGCGUUUAUGCAUCGCGACAUUUUUUCCCGAUCUGCGGCCAAACUUAUAGGCACACCGACACGUGGAUUCGCCAAGAUGUGCUUAGGAUGCUGACGUCCCAUGCGCAAGAGUGAUAAGGGAGGAUGCAGAUCGACUACCUGAGCAACUGCACCAUAGCGGGCAUGGCGCCCGCAUGGACGUGCACGCCAGACCAAGUGUACCUCUACCCGGCGGGCGGAAACGGGAGCUCGGACCUCGCGUGCGCAGGGUGCAAUUCUACCGAACUGUUUUCGACCAUGCCAGAUCCCAUUGCCGAGGAGUCCUCAUACGAUGCGCUCUUGGAAAGCAGCCGCUUCUGGAUACAGCGUGUACUUGUGCCCACCAUAACGCUCAUCGGUGUCAUUGGAAACACCGUGACGAUCGUCAUCAUGACUCGGAGGCGGAUGCGGUCGUCCACCAACAACUACUUGGCCGCGCUUGCCAUCGUCGACAUGCUGUACCUGCUGGGUGGUUUCGCACUCUCGCUCAAGCACUAUGAGUUCAUUCAGGAGAAAGGGCUGUCAAUUUAUUUCCGCUGCUUUCCUUUCCUCAUUCUCUUGACGGACACGUGCAGCAACACGUCCGUCUGGCUUACGGCGACGUUCACUGUGGAACGCUACAUUGCGGUGUGUCACCCGAUCAAGGGCAAGGUACUCUGCACUGAGUCUCGGGCUAGAAAGGCCGUCAUAGGGGUCGUCGUGUUUUGCUUUGCACUGACUCUACCGACACCAUUCGAAUACGCGGUGGUCGAAGAGAAUGACCCAGCCACCAACAUGACCAGAGUGAGCCUCAGCUAUUCCGAGUUUGGGCGCAAUGAACUCUACAAGAAGAUAUACUACUGGUUGACAGUGGUGCUUUUCACUCUGGUGCCAUUCUGUCUCCUGGCCGUGUUCAACGCGUUUCUCGUGCGUUCCGUGCACAUUUCGCGCAGGCAGCGUUCCAAAAUGACACAGAGGACCGACUCCAGCCGCGACAACCAGGAGAACAAGAUCACUGUCAUGCUCAUCGCGGUGGUCAUCCUCUUCUUUCUCUGCCAGCUUCCCACAGCCGUCACGCUGCUCUACACGUCCAUCCGAAGCCCGGAAGAAGGCAGCGAGCAGGAGAAGCUUGUCUUUAUCCUGGGAAACAUUUUCAAUUUCCUCAUGUCGCUCAACGCGGCCGGUAACUUCAUACUUUACUGCCUCCUCAGCCAGAAAUACCGGCGAACCUUCCUGCAGAUUUUCUGCCCUUGCGCUGAGGGUCGAUUCGUGAGACUCCAAUCCGUUUACCAGUACACAGGAACCGGCCUAAACCAAUCGGACGACCAUACCACCGCUACGAGCCGUCGCUUAAGCUCCGUGCGCUCGGCGCGAUCCAAUUCGUCGGGACCUCUUGACGCCAAUGGUAAGAAGAGUGCGCCGGCACGCGCUUGCUUGCUCAACGUGCCCGAAGAGUCCACCGGAGGGCGCAGAGGGAGUGACUACGGCGCUGGCCGACCGACAGCGGGAUCCUUCUGGUCGAGGCUUCGGCGAUCUACCAGCGGGAACACUGGCCGAGCCGGCGCGGGCAAUCACGAGAAGGCCAAGGACUGCGUGGUUGUCAUCACUGCUCAGGGUGUGACGGAGAAUAGGUGUGUUGGACCGAACGCAUAGUCUGUCGAAGAGUGUGGAACUUGCGCUGCGCAAGUGAACGUUUACUGGCCGGUGCUGAGUAAUAGUGGCAAAGAACAAUUUGCCCAUUUCGACGACAAUGCUUGUCGUAAACUCUUCUGUUGUGUUGUGCCCGUAUUCAGCAGGAAUAUUUUAUAUUUUGUCUGGUGCUGGGAACGCUCAACAAGAACAACAAAAAGAACCUUACUAGUUUUCUUGCCAUGGCAUAGGCUGCAUAAGCUGGGCGCUGAGCCCAGUGAACGCUGAUGCCGCACAAGGCGGCCCUUUCAUCCGUAUGUUGAUAGCCAUGCUCAGUGCCAUUCAACUGAUGGAAACUUAGUGUCAGCAUGAGGCCGCAGGAGCACUUUAAUGCGAUGAUUCGCUUGUACUCGCCAACAAUCAAUGACUUAAGAAAAUAGUAUGCGAAUGCACGGAACCUGCGUUUUGCCUUUAGUGGUCGCCAACAUAUCAAUAAUGAAUAUGAAGGGACAAUGAUGAGCUAUGAGUUGAAGCAUAAACGAACUGAGUCGGCUAUUACCAAUGCAUAAGGAAUAUUUGACACAGUACCGGUGAACAUGAGUGCGCUUCUUAAGAUUUUAAAUUAUCAAUCAUGUGUUUUAUCAUUUUCAAAGAACACUGUUCCAGAUUCACAGCGAACAGUGCUGUGAAGGCAAGGGAGGCGAAGAGUUGAGGACGAAAUGGCAGCAUUCAACACGCCUAGCUUCGGGCACACCGAAUUUAAAUGAAGCAUCAAGUGCAUAGGAAGCGUGCAAGACUUCAAUACAAUUUUUGAUUUCUCGUAGCUUAGUAACACCCCGACAUUUCAUGCGUUCCUGGCAUACUGGUCACGGUGCUUUUUUGAGGUCGUAUCGGAACAGGACCGGAGGGGGCGAUGCUGGUAGGGUAGUGUGUUAACAUUCUUAAGCGUGUUCUAUUUAGCUGUAGUUUCUGUCACCCACGUCUAUCUAGGUACAACAGUGUAAACGUUUCGUCGCCUUCACGUUCUUGACCACAAAUGCACACUAACUCGCACACCCGUUGUACAUUUGCAUGUUCCAUACCAGCCAUUGGGUCCUCAUCAUUGUAUUGUCUAGUUCGUAUCUACCAAGCUUAAGCGUGCUAUUACUUCCCAAAGUUUUCUAUGGCUUUCGAAGAUCACCAAUCGUGUUGUCGUAAUUUAAGUGUCACGAGUGUUUCUGGGAAUCGCAAUAAAUACUUGUUGCAGUUUCUUUUCAGACAA